AUGCUUUGUGAUACUCCGGAUCUUCCGGAUACACUUUUUCCGCUUGACAGUUUGGGAAAUUCAAGCUCUCCACCCUCCCCUCCCCAUCACUCUUGUAAAAAGUCCUACCGCUCUCCUUCAUCCCAUCGAAUUCAUCAUGUUGCUGAUGCGGAUCGACAGUCGAAAAAGCGCAAGCUGAAUCGAGACGCGGCAUAUCGGUAUCGACAAAAAGUGAAAAUGAAGAACGGAAUGCUGCAAGACGAACUUAAUUCAGCUAUUCAAGCCUUCAAGGAAGCUCGCAAUAUGUAUGAAUUCUCGCGUAGCGCAUUUGAUGCUCUUAAGAAAAUUGUUCUUGACAUGGGCGUUAUUGAUGCUCCAUCUUGUCACCAAACUCACUCAAUAUUGUGUUAA